AUGACACCUUCGCUUGAGCACGUAUUCACAAUGAGGAUGUAUACAUCCCCGGACAAAGCCCUCGUCAUCCCUGAAGCCAAGGGCAACAACCACCGCAUUGUUGCUUUCCUGACGCACGGCAACAUCAAAGGCAGUGGCCUUGAGGCAGAUCUCCUCCCUGGCGGCGCUGAUUGGAUCCUGCGUGACCCUGACACAAACACCGGACAUCUUGAUGUCCGCGUUCAAUUCCGAUCCAAAGAAGGUCACGGUAUUUACAUCCAUUUCAAGGGCGUUCUACAGAUCGAUGAAAAGUGGAUGGAGGUCUUCACUAGGGGACCCAAGGCUCGAACACUUGAGUUUGGAGAGAAUGAAUGGCUGGGAUCUCCUAUUAUUGAGACCAGCCAUCCUGACCUAAAAUGGGUAGAACGCUCCGCUUUUGUCAGUGAGUUGCGUUGGUUUGUCGACGGGGAUGGAUCCGUUGCAGUUGAAAAUGCUGUUUACAAGGUCAAGCCGAGCAGAGCAUAA